CAGCGGCCAAUCGAAUCGCCGCGCGUGAGUGAGUGACAGUGCGGUUGUCCAAUCGGACGCGUCGGUUUGAGACCCUCACCCGAGCCCUCGAGUGAAUGCCACAGAGUUUCUCGAUGGCGACAGCUCUGGUAAUGUGAUGAGGAUCAAGACGACGGAGUGAGUUGGCGCGUAUCCUGCGAGUUAAAAAGGGAGUCGACGCAGCGUAGCGAGGAUGGACGAGAUGUACGAUCCGCUCAAGUGUAACGAGGACCUGCCCUCCUCGCCCGGCUGCCACAUGGACUACGAUGACAUGCCGGAGCUGCAGGCGGUGGAAGAGGACCGCCGCUCGCUCGGCUUGUUCCAGGUGGGCGCCGGAGUGUCGCACCAGGAGACGAGCGGCUCGGGCGACACCAACUGGCUCGCCGAGCUGGCCAACAUCGCCACCAGUCUUCAGAGCCCGCUGCUGCUCAAAGAUGCCCCACACAAGAGAUCAUCUCCAGUCCACAUCUUUGGCACCAGCAACAGUUUACAUUCCUACGCCCGUCCUCCUCUGGCCAGCAGCGCGCCCAGCCCCUCCAGAGGUCACCUCCGGGAGCGCAGGCGUGUCAGGGCCAGCAGCGAGUCCGAGUCCGGCGUUUUCUCCAUGUCGUCGUCCUUCUCUGAUGACGAAGACAUGGCCUGGUCUCACGCGUGGCCCUCCACGGCCUGGCACUGCUUCCUGAAAGGAACCCGUCUUCGCUUCCAUCGCGGUCCAAACGUGGAGUGGCAGGAGGCCGACGAGCUCGGGGAUUCCGAUGAAGAUUCUGACGAUGACAGCAUGAUGCCGUCCUCCUCCUCCUCCUCCUCUUCCUCCUCACUUAAGAGAUUUGGCUGCGAGGGGUUGAAGCUGAUAAGCCACGAAGAGACGUUGUCCUACAGCCAGGCAGUUCUUAAACUCACCUUUGACCCCGGCUACCCCGACGACGGCCUUUUAACCGCCGAAUGCCGAUUGGACCAUCCCUUUUUUGUCCGAAGUAAAGGGUGGGCCUCCUUUUACCCGAGCCUCACCGUGGUGCAUCAUGGGAUUCCAUGCUACGAGAUGCAGCUGGGCGACACGUGCCUGCCGCCAAACCACCCCGAUGCCAUUAAAUGCGACGAUUCUGUCGUUUUUGAUACAUUUCGAAGCUACGACUUCACCCCGCUGGACUCGUCCGCCGUGUACGUCCUGAGCAGCAUGGCCCGCCAGCGCCGGACCUGCCUGUCCGGCUGCGGCGCCGCCAGUCCGGACUGCGACAAACUGGAGCGCUCCGGCUCCCCGCAGUCGGCGGGCGGCAGGUCGGGCAGGGGGCAGGCGCCGGGGGCCGGCGGCGGCGCCGCGCCCACCAGAUGCAAGCGGCCCAUGAACGCCUUCAUGCUGUUCGCCAAGAAGUACCGAGUGGAGUACACGCAGAUGUAUCCGGGGAAAGACAACAGAGCCAUUAGUGUCAUCCUGGGCGACAAGUGGAAGAAGAUGAAGAGCGAGGAGCGGCGGCUGUACACCACGGAGGCCAAGGCUCUGGCCGAGGAGCAGAAGCGCCUCAAUCCCGACUGCUGGAAGCGGAAAAGAACCAACUCGGGUUCCCAGCAGCCUUAAAAAGAAUCCACCUGCGCGGACGCCUCGCUCUUUUUCGCUCUCCUGUACUCUCGACAGCCGACGGCGAGGGGGGCCGACCUCACCAGCUUUUGUAACCUUUAUACAGAAGGAGAAAAGCCCGUUUCGUCACUAACCAAGUGCGUGUAUUUUCAUACUCUAUCGCUAAUGCAAAGGACUUUGUAUUCCUCUUUUGGUAGGAACGAACCUCCUCGUUUUAUUUCAUACGGAAAUUGAGCCUGUGGUGCUAUGUAUGCUUCAGUGCAGCAAAAGUCAACACACCUAUUUAUAAUUGUAUAAAAGGAGAUCUCGUGGAGACGUUUCUCACUCAGCUGUCGGCGAUAUUUUCAGUAUAUUGCACAGAAAUGCUAAUAACCCUUUCAUAGCUUUUCAUCGUGCUUGAUACAGUCAAGCUUAUCAAAUCUCCCUGGGAUGUGUAGCCAACUCAGUCUUAAUAGACUUCUGCCAUACGUUGAUCCGUGAUCAGUUUACACUCAAGUCACCGAGCACUUCAGGCCUUUUCGCUGCCAGUGUUCAUUCCUAUUGCACUUUAUAUCACGAUAUAAAUAUGUAAUCUUGAGCUAUACGGCCUUUGUAUUCUCGUGCAGGAAUCUCAUUUGUGUAGCGCAGCUUAUUUUUGUUUUUUUUUUGCGCCGUGGCCCAGCGAGCCAAACGGCCACGCUCUUGCUUUCAGGUUGCAACAAUGUUCAUAAUGUACAGGUUUCACAGCCCACAAUUGCACAGAAUAUCCUUGUAUCAUAUUAUAAAUACUUUUUUUUUUUUUAAACUCAUAUCGUCUCUGCUGUGUGUUUUUGUGCUUUCCCGUGAGUUCCUCUCAUUCUCUGUUUGUUGUGUUCGUUAGUCACCACAAGGAGACGAAUUUUGAAUUACAAAUGCAUAAUCUAUUGGUAUUAUUUUUCUUUAUGCCAUUAAAGAUACAGAAAUACAUCAUA